AUGGCACAUGCCAGCAGGAAAGGAAGCAGGAAAAGCUGGGGAGGGUUUCUGGAUCAUUCGUUUAGGGAUAUGAAUUCAGAGGAUUAUGCCUAUGAGGAUGGGAAUUAUAGGGAUAUGGAUUCAGAAGAUGAUGAGUUUGAUGAUGGUGAUUCUCUUGAUUAUAAUGUCAAGAAGUUGCAUCCACCGCGGCAGAACUACACCAUACUGAGUGAGGAAGAUACACGUCGACGCCAAGAUGAAGAUAUUACAACGAUAUCUGCUGUGCUUUCAAUAUCAAAAGCUUGGUCAAGUAUUCUGAUGCGCCACUAUAAUUGGAGUACCAGUAAAGUUCACGAAGCAUGGUUUGCAGACGUGGAGAAAGUACGCAAAGCUGUUGGUUUAUUAGAGCAACCAAUCGUUGAAAUCCCAGAAAAGGUCAAAGAACUUACUUGUGGAAUCUGUUUUGAAAUUAAUUCUCUUGAUAAGAUGGCUGCCUCUGUUUGUGGCCAUCUCUUCUGUGUUUCAUGUUGGGCAGGUUAUAUUAGCACAUCAAUUAAUGAUGGACCUCAAUGUUUGAUGCUGCGAUGUCCUGAUCCAUCCUGCAAUGUAGCUAUCGAUCAAGAUUUCAUCGAUCGAUUCGCUUCCGACAAAGAAAAGGAGAAGUUUUCUCUUUACCUUCUUAGAUCUUAUAUCGAAACAAAUAGGAAAAUCAAAUGGUGUCCUGCUCCAGGUUGUGGAUAUGCUAUAGAGUUUGAGGUUGGUAGUAGUGAAAGCUCUGAUGUUACUUGUCGCUGUUCAUAUAGCUUUUGCUGGAGUUGCACCGAGGAAAUUCACCGGCCGGUGGAUUGUGACACCGUGGCUAAAUGGAUGUUGAAGCAUAGUUCUGAAGGUGAAAAUGUGAAUUGGAUAUUAGCUUAUACCAAACCUUGUCCCAAGUGGAAUCAUCUGGGUGAUAUUUUGCUUGUUGUGUCUAUGCCUUAUAACUUUCAUACAGCUAUUGAAGUUGAGGCAUUGGCUAUACGGUCUAUGUUAUUGGAAGGGAUUUCUGAAGGAUAUAGUUGCUUGAUGGUGGAAUCGGACCAGCAGGCGAUUAUGAUCGAAUUAUCUCCAACACAGUGA